GUAGGCGGCGUCAGUCCGGAGAAGUACGUCCCUCUGAGCUCACUUCCGUCGGUUUGAGUUGGCUGUUCUUCCAGCGCCUCGCAGCUUUUGUUCUCCCAUUUCCAACUAGCCACCGCUGCUGAGUAGAGGGAACCAACCGGUUGGGAAGCGGCAAAGAGUAACGGACCCGUCGGUCGCACAAAAACGCCACAUGCAAAGCGCGGUCUGCAAAGAGGAUACGCGGUUCUCCGUAGUUACAUAAUUGGACUACUUUUUCCUCCCCGUAUACUGUUGGGUUUAUUUUUCUCCACGUUUUAUUUUUUGCACCGAAACUGACUGCCCCCCCUACACCUCUAAACUCAACAAAAUGGAGAACGACGACAAAUAUCUCCCCGAGCUUCUGGCGGAGAAGGACAGCCUGGACUCGUCGUUCACACAUGCCAUGAAACUUUUAAACGCGGAAAUUGACAGAAUCCAGAAAGGUGAGACUAAAAAGGAAACGGAGACAUACCUGGACCUUUUCACAACGAAGAACAUCAAACUCAAGGAGCGAGUGCUCAUACCUGUCAAACAGUACCCGAAGUUCAAUUUCGUGGGGAAGAUUUUGGGACCUCAGGGCAACACAAUCAAACGUCUGCAGGAGGAGACUGGAGCCAAGAUCUCUGUGCUGGGCAAAGGAUCCAUGAGAGACAAAGCCAAGGAGGAGGGGCUGAGGAAAAGUGGCGAGCCCAAGUACGCCCACCUCUCCAUGGAGCUGCACGUGUUCAUCGAGGUUUUUGCGCCUGUGCCCGAGGCUUACCUGCGCAUGGCCCACGCCAUGGAGGAGGUCAAGAAGUUCCUGUUUCCGGAUAUGAUGGAUGAUAUCUGCCAGGAGCAGUUCAUGGAGAUGAGCUACCUGAACGGAGGCCAGGAUCACGGUGCCCGAGGCCGAGGUGGCCUGCCAGUCAGGGGCCGCGGUGUCCCCCCUGCAGGAGCACACAGGGGCAGGGGAAUGCCGCCUCGUGGUGCUGCUGCCAGGGGAGGUGUGACUCGAGGUGGCCCAGCCAGAGGUGGCGCAGUGAGGGGUGCCCCAGCAGGCAGAGGAGGACCUCGCAGCACCCGCCAGGGAGCUGUGGCACCCCGUGCCAGACUCCCAGCUGGAGGACCUCCCCAGAGGAUGCCACCACCACCUCCCCACCAGCACAACCCCGGUGCAGCUGCCGAAGGCUAUGACGAAUAUGGCUACGAUGAGAGCUACACAGACACGGCCUACGAGUCUUACGACAGCUAUUACAGUCAGCCGCAGGCAGAACCAGAAUAUUAUGACUAUGGACAUGGGGAGACCACAGAGUCAUACGAGUCCUAUGGCCAGGAUGACUGGAACGGCACCCAGCGGACAACUCCAGGGAAGGCCCCUCUCUCCUCUCGAGGCGGCAAGACGACUUACCGGGAGCACCCAUAUCGACAGUACUGAAGCGGACUCGCCACCCUUAGUGUCGCCCUGACAAGCGCCUGUCUACCACGGCAGCUCUCGCUUUAAGAAGCCCGACAAAAGUAAUUGUCUGUUUUGUCUUUGGUUUGGUCUUUUCCUACGCCGGACUUUAUACAAGAGAGCAAAUUGGGAACUGAAAAUCGGAACUGGUUUUUGAGAUUUGACCGCGAACUCCCUCCCCCACCCCUUCUUUGUCGCACCAACCAACCAUCCAACCAACCAAAGCGGCUUUUAGAUGGGUCAGAGAUGAGAAGUUGGCGUUCUAUAUCUUUCUUUUUUUUUUUUUUUUGAGUUUUUUUUAUUUAUUUUUUUAGUUUUGCUGUCAUUUUUAACUCUGACCCCUUUUACCCUCCUCUGGCUUUUUUUGCAUUGUUGAUCGUUAAUUUUUAAUUAUUUUAUUUUAUUUUUUUAACUGUUUGGGAGUAGUCGUUUCUAGUGGAGUUAGUGGCUCAUUAUCCACUUGUCUAAGGAAUCCAUUUUAAUUGUUUUUAUAUACAUAUAUAUAUAUAUAAAGAAUCUGUUGAGGGUCAGUUGCAGAUUCCCAUUUAGGCUACAUUUCAAAAUUCUGUUAAUAUAGCCAAAUAAAAGACCUUUUAAACGUUCAGUUAUGUAAUAUAGAAACAACCAAAAACCCAAAUCCUUAAAUGAAGCAAAGGCUAACUCAAGUACAAUUCAUUCUUGAUUAUGGUUUGUUGUUUAAAUAGUUCUAAAACGUUGUCCAUUUAGACUUAGGCAGCAAUAUUUGUCAUUGUACUUAGAGUUUUGAAAUAUAGCCCUAAUAGACACUGUUGAGAUGGACUGUCCUCAUAUCCUCAAUUUGUUUGUCAUGUUUAAAAACGAAAAAAUUAAGAAUUUUAAGACUGAAGACAAAAUGUUUGUUUAAUGAGAACACGGCCGAGACCUGGUCUCACCUGUUGUGCUAAAAGAAAAAAGAAAAACACGGUUCAGAUCUUGAUUUUGUGAUCUGACUCUACAUAAACUGCAUGCACAAAGUACACAAAGAAGGAUUGGGACAAAAAUCUCCACAUGGGUCUUCUCUUUCUAUAGAGAAGGGAUCCUGCAGCUCAAUCCGAACUCUUGUACAUAUUUUAAAACAUCCUAACUGUACUUAUUCUGCCACUAGUAUCUGUACCCUCUCCAUAAAAUGCAUUAUGCUACAUGUGUAAGCUUGCCUAAAUAGGUUACUAAAUCUGUCCAAAAGAUGUUUUGCAGCAGUUUGUCAAUAAAGCUUAGUUUGUUUUUUAUGAAA